ACAGACGUCACCAUGACAGGUGACACAUAACCUAAAAGAAGUGUUGCUUGUUUUUGGAUUUUGGGGCUCUCACAAAAUGUUUAUAUUAGCGGAAAUGAAGAACGUGACUCGCAUUUUGCCAGAGUACUUCAACAUGAAACUAAACGAUGCAAUCGCGAUAGAAUUAAACAAAAAACUGGCAAACAAGGUGGUGCUAAACGUGGGGCUGUGCAUCGCCCUCUUCGACAUCACCGCCUUGAAAGAGUCUUUCAUUAUACCAGGAGAUGGGGCCUCGCACACUAUAGUGCACUUCCGCUACAUUGUCUUCCGCCCCUUUAUGGAGGAAAUCCUUCUGGGGAAAAUCCGGUCUUGUAGCCAAGAAGGGGUGCACGUGACCAUGGGGUUCUUUGAUGACAUCUUGAUACCUCCGUCCGCCCUGCAACAUCCCUCAAAAUUCAACGAGACCGAACAGGCAUGGGUGUGGGAAUAUGACACAGGAGAUGGGAACACCCAUGACCUAUUCAUGGAUGCUGGGGACACCAUAAGGUUCAGGGUGACAGCCGAGAACUUUAUGGAAACAUGCCCUAUGGGCCCUUCCGGCCUCCAGGAGCCCCAAGAGGGGGGCGAAGGUAAAGUGCCUUACAGUUUAACGGGAAGCAUUAAUGAGCCCGGAUUAGGGAUUUUAUCUUGGUGGGACAACUGAGGCUUACUGUGAUAUAAUUAAGGAUAAUAAAAUCAUUCGUUUGUUAUAAAAUAGCUAUUUUAUUGGCCAAUAACACCUUUCUAUUUACA